AUGCAGUUCCCCAUGCAGUAUUAUACCACUAGAAUGCCUGAUCACAGUUGCGCCAACGGCGGCAUUGGCAGCGCUAUUGUCUCGCGCAUCCUCGCCUCGCCCGAGCUCUCCUCAUACUAUGGCAUCUACACCGUCCGCGAUACCUCAUCCACACAUCUCGCUCAUCAGGUCUCCAACACCGCGCACGCCUACGAAGCACUAUCCCUCGACCUCUCGAAUCUCGCCAGCGUCCGCGCAGCGGCAGCUACUAUCAAUGCGCGCGUCACAGCGGGCGAGAUCCCGCCCAUUCGCGCCCUCAUCUUGAAUGCUGGGUACCACGAGAUGGACGCCCAGCGCUUCACAGACGAUGGCUUCGCGACCGUGUUUGCGGUGAACUAUCUAGGCAACUGGCUAUUGACUCUCUUGCUGCUGCAGAGUAUGGAUCGCGAGAAUGGGAGGAUCGUGGUGCUUGGAAGCAGGGCCCAUGACACUUCCUUCAAGGAGAACGCUCGUAUAUUCAACGACGAAAAAUGGAAGACCAUCCUCCACGACAGCACUGACCCGAUUGCGAAAGGGACUUGGAGUACAUUUGAAGAAGACCCUUCGUGGAUGAGUGGAAUGCGACGAUAUGGAGCCAGUAAACUCUGUGCUAUCAUGAUGAUGUACAAACUUCCCUUUCUUUCUCUCACUAAGUAUUUUUUAUUUUCCCCAAUUAACGCUCAACGCAGCGGGGAACUCCAACGCCGUCUCUCCAUCGAUCCCGUUCUCUCCAACGUCUCCAUCCUCGGCGUUGACCCAGGCACGGUCCCCACCAACAUCGCCCGCCGCAGCCCCUUCGUCAUCCGUGUGCUCAUGUUCAAGGUCAUUUUCCCCCUCAUCGCUGCCCUGCAGGCGUGGCGCAAUCCCACCGGCAACAACGACAUACGCACGGCCCAUAAAUCCGCUGGGGACGUGCUAGCGGCAGCCCUAGAUAGCAGCCCCGUGCUUGGGGAACGGCCCCAGGGUCUAUAUCUGGACGGGUCUGAGCGGGCAGAAAUUAGUCCUGAAGCAAAGGAUGAGAAGAAGAGGUCGAUGCUAUGGCGGGACAGCGUGAGGUACACGGGGUUGAAGAGUGAGGAGACGAUGCUUGUGAACUGGGAGUAG